AUGGCAGUCCGCGACGGAUGUUUCCACGUUAGCAAUAGCGGCCUGGCACUGUGGGCCACCCAACUGGCGCUGCAGACGUGGGCAUUCGUCCGAAUGUGCUUCUAUCUGGGCAACACGCUGAUGCAACGCCGAUCGCUCAACUGCUCACGGGACAACUAUUGCAGCGUGUUCGGCAUGUUGCUUUCGCACACGGUCAUCAGCCCGAUCGUCGUGUCUCUGGUGCUGGUCCGGUUGCCCCGGUCCGUCGACGUGCUGAACAUGACCGCCCGGCUGUUGCUUAGGUCCAGGUAUCCGCGACGCCGGCUGUCGCCCAACACGUACGUCGUCAUACUCUUCUCCGCCGUCAUCGUCUUCAAGCUGGUCACCACCGUCAUGAGCAUACCGCAAAAGUACCCUGACCUGUAUUACCCGUACUUCACCGCUUACAUGGUGCCCAUAGUGUUCAUAAACCUAGUCAGCAUCCUGUGCGUGGUCGCCCAACAGUCGUACGAGGACAUCAACAGAGAGUUAGAAGAAUUGUGCGAAGUGACUUCAAAAACCGAACGAGCGGUGCGAUUAAACGCGCUAAUGAACGACCACUGGUUUCUGGAAGACUACAUGGAGACUAUGUCAGAUACUUUUGGACCCGAAUUGAUAUUCACAAUAAUGGACAUUUACGUGCAGCUAUUGUUGUUCAUGUACGUAAUGAUAUGGGAUACAGUUGUCCGUCGCGUGUUUAAGGAUAACGCGUAUCCGUAUAUCAGUGGUAUCAUCGAGUCGAGCAUUAUUACAGGAAAAUUUGUUUACCUAUGCUACAGGUGUGAUUCUACUGUCAAAGAGAGCAAAAAGAUAAUUUUUCACUUGAAACACUUGUCCUCGAAGGUGUCAAAUGAUCUGAACUCUCAAACCAUUCUAAGGUUAUUUACACUUCGCGUUAACAGUCGUUCAAUACAGGUUACAGCUUCCGGAUUUUUCGACAUAAAUCUAUCACUUUUGUUUGCGACUGCUGGCGUUGUGUUGAUAUACUUUUUAGUAUUAGUACAAUUUCAAAUGGAGGGCUAUAAACAGAUGUUAGGAUCAAACUCUAGUGAUGCAGUUGUAGCGGUGGUCUGUCAUUCUUGGCCUUGUCUCGAGAAAGAUGUUGAAGACUAA